AAACGUAUCUUCAUCGGUCUGGUGAGCUAGAGGUGCACGAAUACAACUUGCGGAACAGAUAGUGGUUGUUUUGUUCUGAUUAUUUUCUAUGUUUAUUUUUCUCGCUACCCAUUCACCGCAAGAGACUCUGGCCUGUGGACAUUUGGAAUUACAAAAGUAUUGGUGCAACAAGUUGCCUACUAGCGUCCUGGCUUGAGUAGGAUGGGAGAAGAACCUGCGACAAGAGAGCCGGAGAUGUCUGACGCUGGCUCGGACGAGGAGCUGGAGAUUCCCACACCGAUGAUGGAGCAGGGGAGUCACGACGGGAGUAUCAGAAAGGGUUGUGAUCCCUGUUCCCAGACCCAGCGCAGUAAGCUGCAGCACCGUAGAGCUCGUAUCAACCAGCAGAUAAACAAGGAGAUGAGGAUGAGGGCCGGGGCUGAAAACCUCUUCAGAGCCACCACUAACAACAAGGUGAAGGAGACUGUGGCUCUAGAGCUGAGCUUUGUCAACUCCAACCUGCAGCUACUGAAGGAAGAACUAGAGGAACUCAACAGCAAUAUGGAGGUCUACCAGACCGAGAGUGAAGCCAUCAAUGUUCCCAUGAUCCCACUCGGUCUGAAGGAGACCAAGGAAGUGGACCUCACUGUCCCUCUCAAGGACUAUAUCUGUGAGCACUACGGGGAGGACAGCUCGCUGUUUGAGAAGGAGAUCAAUGAGUUUAUGGAGCUCAGACAGGCCAUGCGUACACCCAGUCGUAACGAGGCAGGUUUGGAGCUCCUGGUGGAGUAUUAUAACCAGCUGUACUAUCUGGACCAGAGGUUCUUCCCCACACACAGAACACUAGGAGUCCACUUCCACUGGUAUGACUCUCUGACGGGUGUGCCGUCAUGCCAGCGUGCGUUGGCAUUUGAGAAGGGCAGUGUGCUGUUCAACGUGGGAGCUCUCUACACACAGAUGGGAGCCAGACAGGACCGCUCUGCUGCAGCUGGCAUAGACAGGGCUAUAGACGCUUUCCAGAGAGCCGCAGGUGCAUUUAACUACCUGAAGGACAACUUUUCCAACGCUCCCAGUCUGGAUAUGAGCGGCACGUCGCUAUGCAUGCUGGUCCGGCUGAUGAUCGCCCAAGUGCAGGAGUGUGUGUUCGAACGGGUCACACUCACCACACAGGACACACACUUCACCUCCCAGCUACAAGUGGCUCAAGAGGCCGCACGAGUAUCAGACGUGUAUAGCUUGGUGCUCCAGACCAUGUCUCAGCCCCUAGUGAAGGACUAUGUCCCAUUCUCCUGGGCCUCCAUGGUUCAGGUGAAAACAGAACACUUCAGAGCUCUCUCACACUAUUAUGCUGCUGUCGCUCUCUGUGACCACACACAGUCUAUUGAUGAAGAAGAGUGUGAUGAAGAGGGAGAGAAGGCUCUCCUCCAGCUCCAUGUCAGUAAUCCUGCCGGACCACCACUCAGCCAGGUGCUCAGAGACCCCGAGGAGAGACGCAAACUGGGUGAGCACACACGUAAGGCCCACCUGCGUCGUGCGGUGAUCAGACAUGAGGAAGCUAUGAGAGUACACGGUCUGUGUAAGAUCUUAAGGAAGAUGGAUAUUCUACAGGAGGUGCUCUCCUUCAUGCACAAACGCUCUUUGGACAAAUACUCUGAGAUGGACCGAGAGGACGACUUCGACGAGACAGCAGAAGCUCCCGAGAUACAUUCUCAAACCCAGCAGAAGCCUGAUAUAAUUCCACCCAACUUCUCCACUGUCCCAGUCACUGACAUCUUCCAAAGGCUGGGGCCCCUGUCAGUGUUCUGUGCACGGGCGCGCUGGGGGCCGGUGCGUGUGGUUUGUCUCCAGCGAGGGGAGGGGGGUCUGGGACUAACUGUCAGAGGAGAUUCUCCUGUUCUGGUGGCUGGAGUGGUGUCGGGGGGAUGUGCUGAGGAGGCAGGUCUGAGAGAGGGGGACUACAUAGUGGCGGUAGAUGGAGAGGACUGUAAGUGGGCUAAACAUGGAGAGGUGGUCCACAACCUGAAGAGCUGCAGUGACAGAGGAGUGGAGCUCAGCGUCAUCACACUGCACACACACGAUACACUGGUGGAGAGGAGGUCAGUGAUGCUCUCCCCCAACAGAGACAAAGAGAACACUUGGCAACGGACCAUGGGUGGGGCUAAGGGCCAGAGCUCCGCCUCCUUACUCAACUGGAACAGGAAGAAAAACAGGGGAGGGGGAGGAUUCACCAAGAGACUGGGCAGCACCUUCAGUCUGCCGUUUGGAAACCUCAGAGACAGUGAAUCCAUGUACUGAGAUAGACGGAGGGCAAGCUUAAAUGGUGCUCUAUUCCAUACAGUGCACUACCAGCCAAAGGUAGUGCACUAGGGAAUAGGGUGCCAUUUCAGACUGUGCUAUAGACAGACAAACCACUCAGGGAAUGACAUGUUACAAUACAAGGAUGUGUUGUAUAUGACUGGAUAUUCCUAGAUAUUGGAAUGCAUUAUUGCAGCAAAGCAAGGAAAAUCUGUCACUGAAGGGGUUAAGAGCAUCGUGUAAAUUACGUCUUAAAAUAGACUAAUAGUUGUGGCCCAGUUUUAUUGUAGCUUACUUACUAUACAGCUAAAGGGCAUUAGAGAGACUGAAGAAGAUAAACAGCACUGGACUUACUGUCAAACUACAACUUAUGGUCUAAAGACCACAUCAUCAUGUUGUCUUAAUGUUGAAAACAUGUUGUUUUACUGUACUAGUUACUGUAUCCCAGAGUCUUGCUUUUCCACUCCAGUCUUAAUGAGGUCACUCUCGACUCUCAACAGUAAAAACAACAACCACACCUACAUCCAUUCAGGUCCUGAGUUUAGCUCUUACUUUCUCAAGCUAGAGCAUUGUGAAUCUUCUUUGUUGUUGAUUUGAUUUGAUAUUUUACAAACAAUACAAAGCACACAAAUGACAGCAUCACACAAACAUCAACUACAUCACACCUGCCCAGACACACUAACACACACCCCCAUCUCCAGCGCCCGCAUCAUUUUCCGCCACAUGGCCUCAAACUGCAUCAUUUUGUUUCUCUCUGUAGCCUACGCACUUUCAAUUUUUAGAUAAUAAAUCAUUUGAUUUUUCCAUUGUGUUAA